CGAAACUGAGGUUUUUGUCUAAGAGUUGUCAAGAACAGGACCCAAGUGCAAGGUAAGAUGAACUCAAAAAUGGUGUAAAAGAACCCAUAAAGGGCCCACGAGGGGGCAAAAGACAAACAUAAACAGGUUCAGUGGGAUUUCAGCAGGACCGGUUUAUCCAGGAGAGAACUGGUGUUUGUGUGCUACAGCGAGAAACCGCUCAAACCUGUUCUCCUCGACAGUGGGGAGGAGAAGGAGGGGUGCCGGGGCAGGAGGAGGAGAGGAGCGCAGGGCGUACGAAAACUCUCUUUCGUUCCCUAUCUUUUUCCAUCCAAUGUGCCUCUCUGGGGUCUCAGAAGGACAGCUUUGUCACAUACAGAGAGACGGCAUUGCGUGACUGACAGGUGGUGUGAUUGACAUCCUGGGGCGCUGGGACGUCCGCUGUCAACGAGUUGGCACAGGAAAGAAAGAAGAAUCUAUUGGCAGGUGUAGAGGAACACCAGCAUGGCGGAGAGCUUCUCUGAGCUCCUGCAGAAACUGCAGGACGUUCAUGAACAUGAGUUGGAAGGAUGGCAGGAGAAAGUGCUAGAAAUGACAAAUAAAAAGAAUAUCGAUUCGAAGCGCAUGGAGGAACUUUACAACAGGAACCAGCAGCUCAGAGAACAGCAACGGAUACUGACAGAGAACAUCAAACAGCUGGAAAACAGGUUGCGAGCCGGAUUGUGCGACAGAUGUACAGUCACUCAGGAUGUGGCUAAAAAAAGACUGCAGGAAUAUGAAAGCUCACAGCUGCAGAGUUUACAGCAUAUCUCUAUACUGGUGAGUGAGAUGAAUGCAUUAAAGAAAGAAAAUGACAAAUUGAAAGAGGAGGUGAAGAGCCUGAGGGAUCGUACAAAUCAGCAGAAUGGUCUUUCAGAGGAAAGCAUCUCUCCCGAGGUCAAGUUAUCACCUGACACAGCAGUGGCCGCUGUGACUCUGCUGACCUCAGGGCUGAAGUCUAGCCAGUCACCAGCAGGGGACGCCACUGUACCUUCAGCCACUGUCAAGCGUGAGAUGGAAAACAGUCCAACAGACAGCCUGGAGAAGGCAUCCGAACACAAACUUAUGCAAGGCUGGGCCAGGGCAUUUUCAUUUGAGUCCAACAAACCCCCAUUGUUUGGAUCAGAAAGAAGAGCUUCAAGUGUGGAGUCACUGGAGCAGAGACAUUCGCCUUUAUCUCCAUCACUUCCAACAACUCUUGGUCUGCUAAAGAGUUUUUCGCCUUCUGAGGAACGUAGCAGCCGUCGACAGAUCCACGCCCCUGUCCCGUUCCGGCCGCUCCCAAUCCAGACAGUCCGUCUCCCCUGGCCGCUUUCAGAUUCACCUGACUGGGCAACAGUAGGGGCACCCACCUCUAGUGUUGCUAGCGGUAUUGCAGUUCACUCAAGCCCGACCCAAAUGCAAAGUUCAAAUAUACUGCGUUUUCCUAAAUUGGUCCCUACUAUCAACGGCCUGCUGCCUCGCACGCAUGUCCCGAGCCCCAGCAGCCUUCGGCCCUGGUCAGAACGGCCUCCGCGCAGAAGUCUCUCAGAGCAUGUUGACAGUCGAGAGAAAAGAGCAGCAGGAGGAGAAAUUGUUACAGCGGCGCCCCCGUGUAGGGUUACGGCUGCACAGCCGGAGAGGAUUUUCGGAGAGAACCUUAGAGAGGAUGAGGAAGAAACACCGCUGGAUCUGUCCGAGUCGGGACGCUCCAAAAACAAAGAGAAAACGCAGUCACAGAGUGACGCAUCUUCGUCUUCAUCUUCCUCACCACCUGCUCCACUUUCAUCAUCUUCUCAGUGCCCAUCAAGUCCUCAAAGUGACCUGCAGAUGGCAGACAAUAACACACAGGAGGAAACAGCACAGGACAGAUCCAAAGAAAAGGAAGAGGUACAGAAAGAUGAAACCUCUCCAGCAGCCGAAACGUCUAUCAACUCAGACACCAAAAAAAUUAGCAUUUCUCUACAACCAGUUGUGCUUAUGGAGUCACUUAGACCUGGAGGACAGACAGUAAAGUUGCCUGAGUCUGAAAGCAGAGCGGCUGAGCAAGAUGAAAAGGAGAACAAUGAUCAUGAAGCAAGCAGAAAAAGACCAGGGCCAGAGAGUAAUGGUCUUUCCCAGCGGUCACUAAAGGAGAAGAAAUUAAGGCUUUGCAGGGGAACUCAAGGAAACCAUGCAGAACAAGAGCAAGGAUGAAGGCGAUUGAUAUCAUUCAAGUUUUUCUGCCGGUUUUUUGCCUUCACAAGUCUGCAAGAUCACACUCAAAGUCUUACAUUCGAUUCAGUUUUUUUUUUUUAAUACCAGCGCAACACGAAUACGUCACAACUCUAUCAACAUUAAUCUCAUUGAUCACAGAUUAGAUCUAACAAGUUACUUUCCAACAACUUUCCUUUUUUGUACCAAUUUUGAACCUGAGAUCAACUGGAACUUGAAUUUUAUAUUUCAUUGAAUUGAUUUUCCAGCAAUCUUUGGCUGAUGCAAAACAGGAAGCCAGUAACUAGCUACUAAGGGGCUGUUAACCAGAUAUUCUUUCAGUUUUGGUUCAUACCAUAAAUCAACAUAUACCUGUUUAGAUUUUUUUGCUUUGAUUGUUGCUCCCUCUCAGUUUGGACCAUUUCCAUGUUUGUUUCCAUUCUCUCUUCCGUGUGAGAGCUGUCAUCUAUUUUUGUCACUGUCUAAGCACUAUGUCCUCUGUAGAUGUGACAAAAAGUUCUGCUUCCCCUUUUUUUCAGAUGGCAAGCAUAUAUUUUGUAAUAGUGAAUUUUCCACUUGCAGCAGUAGAUGCUCUGAGAAAGGGGGAAGCAUAAAACUGUGAAAAAAAAUUAUACUUAGAAAAAUUUCUGUUUUUAGUAAUAUACCACUUUUAUGUUGAGAUCAUAGUUUUUUUUUUACUAUAAAACUGACAUAAUUUAGUGGAUUUUGAUGGUUUGCCGCAUUUACAUAGCACUUUCUGAAACAAGAUUUGAAAAUGAGUUUUAAAAUGUCUAUUGCAAUAAAUAUAAAUGUAAAUAACCCAUUUUAAAUCUAUGGCCGUGUAUGAGUAUGACACAUUGCAGAUUAUAGAGAUCAAAAAAUUCUAAACUCUCUGUACAGUAAUUGGUUUAGGAUGUGGGGGUUACAGGAAGAAGGUGAAUCAUUUUACCAUGAUGCAACUCAGGGUGCUCCUGUGUCCUUUCAAUAAUUUGACUUUAAUUUUUUCAUAACCACAAUACAGGAACUCGAUCAUAGCUUAUUUUAAACUGCACUCCACUUAUUUUUGGAUCACCAAAAAGAGAUGAAAAAAGUGAAAAAAACAUGAAUAAGGUUUUACACCACACAUUAUAUUUUACUGUUUUCAAAUACAAAUGUUGUAAAUACUUGAUGCAAAAACAGAAUAAACUUUUUCCACAAACUGACAUUUGUGUGCUAAAUGUUACAUGCAUUUGUAAAUGUAUUACAUGCACAUAUUCGCUUGGUUUAUUUCCGUGAAUUACAAAGUGUGCCGUUUCCUCUUUGUGUAAAU